AAUGGAUAAAAUAAAACCGUUUGAAGAAUCCUCUGCGCGGCGGAUAAGAGAGGAGAGAAGAAGAUGCAAACGCUUCUCAUUCAGCCAUCUAAGUCUCUCUUCACUUCCUCGAUUCACAGCUCCGGCGACGUCAGAGACUGUAUCCACUUCAAACCAUCGGAGAAAACUUCUCGGUUUCAGUUUCACAUAGCCCUAAGCCCCUCUCCGUUUCGCAGUUUCGCUGCUCGAAGAGCUUACGGGAUCAGAUUCUGCUCGCGCGACGGCGUCUCCGAUGCUCGAAUCGUAACGGAGGAGGAGGAGGAGAUUGAGCUAUUGAACAGGCCUAAUCCUCAGAAACCAGACGAGGAGGAGGAUAAGGAGAAGCCUGACGAUGACGAGAUCCUUGAGCCGUUUUUGAAAUUCUUCAAGCAUGGAGAACGAGAAGAAGAAGAAGGAGACGAAGAAUCGGAGGAGAUGGAGAGACUCACCGUGGAGUAUUACGAUCCCAAACCGGGUGAAUUUGUCGUUGGAGUUGUGGUUUCAGGUAACGAGAACAAGCUCGAUGUGAGUAUAGGUGCGGAUAUGUUGGGGACUAUGUUGACGAAGGAGAUACUUCCGUUAUACGACAAAGAGUUGGAUUACUUGCUGUGUGAUUUGAAGUACGACGCUGAGGAGUUCUUGGUUCACGGUAAAAUGGGGAUUGUUAAGGAUGAGGAGGAUGAUGGUGUUGAAGUUGCGGAGUUUGCAAGGCAAGGGAGGCCUGUGGUGGAGGUAGGGACGGUGAUUUUCGCGGAGGUUUUGGGGAGGACGUUGAGUGGGAGGCCUUUGCUUUCUUCUAGACGUUACUUUAGGAGAAUCGCUUGGCACCGUGUGAGGCAGAUUAAGCAGAUUAAUGAGCCUAUUGAAGUGAAGAUAACUGAGUGGAAUACUGGAGGGCUUCUUACCCGGAUUGAGGGUUUGAGAGGGUUUAUUCCAAAGCAGGAGCUUGUGAAGAGGGUGAAUAGCUUCACUGAGUUGAAGGAAAACGUGGGUCGUAGACUGGUUGUGCAGAUUACACGGUUGAAUGAAGACAAAAACGACUUGAUACUGAGUGAAAAAACAGCCUGGGAGAAGCGGUACCUUAGAGAAGGAACACUCUUAGAAGGAACAGUUGCCAAAAUCUUACCAUAUGGAGCCCAGGUCAAACUCGGGGAUAGUAGUAGAAGUGGACUGCUACACAUUUCAAACAUAACUCGCAGAAGAAUUGGAUCUGUUAGCGAUGUGCUUCAGGUGGACGAAUGCUUAAAGGUUCUUGUUGUGAAAUCUCUAUUUCCUGACAAGAUCUCUCUUAGCAUUGCAGAUCUAGAAAGCGAGCCGGGUUUGUUCAUCACAAACAGAGAGAAAGUGUUUAUGGAGGCUGAAGAGAUGGCAAAGAAGUAUAGAGCAAAGAUGCCUACGGUGACAACAAGAAGCGAGAUUACUGAUCACCCUCCGAUUACAAGCAGCUUCCCUCAGGGAAAAGAUGAAGAAAUCUAUGCUAACUGGGACUGGUUCAAGUUUGAGAGUCAGUGACAUAUUCGAAGAUUCUGUUAACGAAAAUGGUGUACACUGACUAUUUGAAUUUUUGCGAUUGUUAUAUGUUACUAUGAGUAAAUUAUUUUAAAUGA